UCACGCCCCAGUGUCGCUAGAUCUGGUGCGCAGGUGCGGGGCUAAUGUCCCUCCUGGCCAUUCAAGGGCUGGGGGUCCUUGGGGAGGUCAGAGGCGUUUGAAUCUCACAUUCUGCGCCUGAGUCGUAUAAGGCGUUUGGAUCUGAGAACAUGGUUAUGCGCGCAAUCAGGAGGGGAAAAUUGAUUCCUUCCCGAGAAUUGCUAAACUAUGGCCGCCGGUUUAGUGAAUUUGGAUCUGAUGGUGGGACCGCUGCAAAAGCCCUGAGCCCAAAGAUCAACAUCUUCGUUGAAAAUGUUUCUUCCCGUACUGGAAUAGUGGUGCCUCACAUUGAAUUGAAGCAUGUUAUAGCGGUGGCCAUUGCUUUGAAGGGUAUUGGAGGUCUCCUUUUCAUCCUUAGCAGCUCAUUUGGUGCUUCUCUCUUGUUAGUUCACCUCGCUUUUGUUACACCAAUUGUCUAUGAUUUCUAUAACUACGACACUGAGAGUGCUGAGUUUGUUCAGCUCUUCAUCGAGUUCACACAGAGUUUGGCACUCGUGGGGGCGCUCCUCUUCUUCUUGGGCAUGAAGAACUCCAUUGCCACGAGGCAGUCGACCAGGAAGAACCCCAAAUCGAAGACAAACUAACGUUCUGAAUGUCUGAUGCCCCCUGAGAUGCCACAGUUUUUGGUCUGGUUGGUGGUGUCAGGGGAUCCCUCAUCGAUUGUUCCUGGGGAAAUUUCAGUUCCCAAUCCUUUGCUGCCCCUGGUGUGACUUGCAGCUUUUCGAAGAUGGUAUUGACACGCCUUACCUCUGAAGCAUCCAGAUAUGCAUGGCAAUUCUGACCCAUGCACCGGAAUUUUAAUUGCCGUAGCGCUGAUUACGUGCUAAAUUGCUAAUGGCUGAUUAAGUUAGGUUAUUGGGUGGUAAAUUUUAUUUAUUUGGAGGAGCGUGUGCUCCCGUUUGGUUCAUGUGCAUAUAAAUUAUUGGGAAGUAUAACCUCAAGGCAGGAAGCAAAUUUCAUUAUUUGUACGCAUUUCUUUCAUUCUACUGUUAUCAAUUGAAAAAUAGCCGGUGACUGGGCUUUAUUUGCU